GUGCCCGCCAAGAGCGCCGCAUGGAGGCAGCGCUGAAGAACUUAUCCAGUACGGUCGAGUUGCUGGCGGUUGCGGCGCGGAGUAGUGACGUGCGUCUGUGGGAGCGAAAGUCUGUUUCUCGGGCUUUCCACUGGGCCUUCUACUGCGAGCACCUUGUCUCCAAGUUCCACCAAAAACCCCAAAUAAGAGGGAUUAUGGAGUUGCAACUGCAGCAAACUAAUAGCACGUUGCGAGCUGUCUUUGCUGACUACACUGAGCUCUCUUUAAUGGACCUGUCACAAUGCCAGCACCUGUUGCUUACAGGACUGCUGAGUAACCCUCAUUUGCCCCUCUCCAUCAUGAAGAUACUCUUUGACUCCACAAAACCGGCUCAUGUCAUACCAGGAGAGUAUCAGGAUGUCACUGGACUUUGCAGUCGCAUCAUUCAAUGCAAAUCUGCUCAAAAAAUCUUCAGUCCACUCACGGGUCAGUCGGGCGCCGGUGCCGAGGUGCAGGCUGCCAUGUUGAUGGAAAGCCUUCACGCCUUGCUGAGCCGAGGCGGCGAAGCCUGCCGGGCACAGUGUUUUCUUGACUCAGUCCUCCAGGGAUGCAAAGAAGCAGAACAUUUGUGUCUGGUCCUCGCUGACGCUAUGCUGACUGCAGAAAACGCACAUUCACAAACUGCCUCAGUGGAUUUUCUCCAGGAUUGGCUCCAGCAAAAACACAGCCUGCUUCAACAAAUGUGCCUCACACUGCCUACAUCUCUUCUUAAGGACCUGGCCAAAGAGCAUCCCAAAUUUAGGGACAUGUACGGUGGUGUACUUAAAAAGUGGGUUGCAGAUAUGGAGUACUGCAUAGAUGAUGGCGAAUGGGUGCAAAGCAGCACAAGUCCCAAAGUGUCUUUGCGGGAAGUGACUGAGCGUUUUGUGAUCUUGUUCAAAGUAUGUCCCGCUCUGAAGAGCACUGUAGAAAGAGAACUGAAUGAUUUGAGGAUAUCCGAUGGAGACUUUGAUGUCAGAGGACUAAGUGUGUGGGGAGAUCUCCUGGCAGAAAUACACAAGUGUCACCCAUAGCUUGAGCAAUAGUUUCACAAAUGUUGUCAAGGUUGUCUGCUUAUUUAUUUUAAAAUAUUAGCCACCGAUCUGCAUUUUUUACCCUCCUCUGUAAAAUGUUUAAAAUGAGUUUAGAGAAUAGGAAAAUUAAACCAGAUUUUAAAAAAAAAUAAACAAAAAACAGUGCUCAAUUUUUUUUUAAAGAAUCCAAUGGAGUAUUCUGCAUUGACAGAGUCCACUUCCAAUAAGGUGUUGUGCAAUACAAGCGUGAUUGGUUCUGUGCUGUUCAAGUGACUUGAAUACUAAUUCACAUGACUGCUUCUGGGCUACAGCACCUCUGUGGCAAGGGAUCAAUUAGGCACAUCCUGUGUGUUCAAUCAAAGAGCUGCACAAAACCCGGUAUGCGCUGCACCGCGGAUUAGAGGCCCCGACAUGGCGUGCAUGCAAACGCCAACACAGCCACGGCUCGUUUAACACGCCAUGAAAGCAAUUCACGCAGUGACAGACAAGGGUCACCGAGUAACGGCCGGCGUGUACACAAGCAAUUUAUUUCCGAGGCAGGAGGAACAUAUGUGGCAGACAAAAGGGGGAAGCCACCAUGAUUAAACGGGGUCUCACCUGCUCCUCUGUUGUAAAAACAUGCAAAUGUUCCCAAUUGGAUUUUUGUCAUGUGGAUGCAGCAAACAAAAGGUCACUGGUAAUUCUGCAGAGCAAAUGGCAAUUUACACGUUACCUGGGAGCGUCUUUUUUUUGUUUUACAGCCUCACACGUGAUGCGCAGCGGGAAUGUAGUCAUGGUGAUGAGUAAUGUCAGCCCCCAGAUACAAAGAAAUACACCUCAAAUGAUAUGAAAUGGUUCCAAGCAAUUUAGAUUUUUUUUUUUCACUUGAGGUUUUUGAAAAGUGAAAGUAGUCUCGCAGCAUCAACUGCAUCUCAAACACCCUGGUGACUGGGAAUAUUUUGUCACAAAUUUCAUGAGCUUUUUUUUAACCAAAAUCAAAAAUACAAAAAUUUAGUAUUUUUUUUAACUGACAAUUGUACUUUUUUUUUUUUUAAAAUUGCUUGUUCAUGCAAUAUGUUGAAACAUGAUUACCUCUGUCUAUUUGUUGCACUUCACAUUUAUCAAUCUUGUGUAUCAAAAUAAACACAUGCCAUUUUUGUCCAAUGAAAAUUUUGCCACUUGCUGAAAAUGAUGUCACAGUUGCUCCUUCUGCUUUUGGUCAUGUGACAUUCUCAAUCUGAGCCGUGAUUUGUCGUUACCUGAGCCCUCAGCAACUGCGAUGUCGUUUUUAGUCAACAGCAAACCAAGUGACUGCCCCAUUUUUAAAAAUUAAAUGAUUUCCCUAAUUUAAUGAGCUUCAAUACCAUAGCUGAUAAUGAUGCCCACUCUUGAUGAUUGUGUUACGUUUGCAUCAGUUAACUUCGUUUAGAGGAAGGAAAUAUUGCUUGUUAUUUGAUUAUUCCUAAUGAACUGUCCUCAGAGAAAAGCUCUUUCUACCCCCUCCCGCCCCUUAUGUGGUUCUGUGACAGCGUGUGGCAAUAAACGGCAGGGAGACAAGUGGAGGGUGUUGUGCUUGCUGAGGGAUAGCAUUCAUUAAAGGUCUACUCCAGCCCCCAUCUGGUGCUUUGAAUAGGGGCGGGUUGGCUGGGGGGGCUGGUGCGGGUUUAGAGCCCUCCCUUGGCACGUGCCUAAGCCGCUCCGACGUUGGCCUUGUCUUGCCCCCGCAGUGACAGAUCACAAAAAUGGGUGUGAGGAGGCCACGCUUCACACCUGUGUCCCACGCUCAGAAGCAUUAAGCAAGUCUUAUUUUCCUUUACACAGUUACUGGAGAAUUUUUUUAAGGAAUAUUUCUGCAAAGUACCCAUCAGACUGUCCA